AAAAGAUGAAUAAUUCUCUGGAAUUGGUGUCAUUUGAGGAUGUGGCUGUGGACUUCACCUGGGAGGAGUGGCAGGACUUGAAUGAUGCUCAGAGGACUUUGUACAAGGAUGUGAUCAUUACUACACACACAGGAGAGAAACAUGAUAAAUAUGGCAAAUGUCAGAAAUCUUUUAUUAGGACAUCAUAUGCUACUUCAUAUCAAAGAACAUCUACAGGGAGGAAGUUUUAUCCAUGUAAUGAACAGGAGGAAUUUUUCUGUCAGAAGUCAGACCUUACUGUGCAUCACAGAAUUCACACAGAGGAAAUGUCCUAUGGAUUUAUUAAGUGUGGCAAUGACUUUGAUGAAAAUUCAUUACUCAGCUGUCAUCAGAGAAUUCACACAAGUGAAAAAUCAUAUGAAUGUGAUGAAUGUAGAAAAUUUUUCUACCAUAAUUCUGCUCUUACUCUAUUUCAGAGAAUUCACAUAAGUGAGAAUCCAUAUGAGCGUGAAGAAAGUCAAAUUUUCUACAGUAAGUCAAAACUCAAAAAACAUGAGAGAAUUCACAUUGCUGAGAAACCGUAUGAAUGUAACAGAUGUGGAAAAACCUACCAGAAUGCAGACUUCAGCAAGCAUCAAAGAAUUUAUAAGGAAUGUGGAAAAUGUAACCAAAAGUCAAAUCUGAAGACAACUCAGAGAAUUCACACAGGUGAGUACCCAAAUGAAUGUAACAAGUGUGGGGAGGCUUUUAGCCAAACGUCAGCUCUCCACAGCUAUGAGAGAAUUCACAAAGGCAAGACACCAUAUGAAUGUAAGGAAUGUGGAAAAGCUUAUAACAAAAAGUCAGCCUUCAGCAUGCAUGAAAGAACUCACCCAGGUGAGAAGCCCUACAAAUGUAAUGGAUGUCUAAAAGCCUUUAACAAGUCAUACGUCAAGAUGCAUUGGAGUACUCGAAUGGAAAAAAAACAUUGUAAAUGUAAAAAAGGUGGAAAAAUUUUAAACCAAAAGUCACAUCUCAGCAGGCAUGAGAGAAUUCACACAGGUGAGAAAACAUAUGAAUGUAAGGAAUGUGGAAAGUCUUUUAACCGAAAGUCACACCUCAGCAUGCAUCAGAGAAUUCACACAGGUGAGAAACCAUAUGAAUGUAAAGAAUGUGGAAAAGCUUUUAACCGAAAGUCACACCUUAGCAGGCAUCAGAGAAUUCACACAGGUGAGAAACCAUAUGAAUGUAAAGAAUGUGGAAAACCUUUUAACCAAAAGUCACAGCUCAGAAUGCAUCAGAGAAUUCACACAGGUGAGAAACCAUAUGAAUGUAAAGAAUGUGGAAAACCUUUUAACCAAAAGUCACAGCUCAGAAUGCAUCAGAGAAUUCACACAGGUGAGAAACCAUAUGAAUGUAAAGAAUGUGGAAAAGCUUUUAACCAAAAGUCACACGUCAGCAUGCAUCAGAGAAUUCACACAGGUGAGAAACCAUAUGAAUGUAAAGAACGUCGAAAAGCUUUUAAGCAAAAGGGAAUCCUCAGCAUGCGUCAGGGAACUCACACAGGUGAGAAACCAUAUAAAUGUAAAGAAUGUGGAAAAGCUUUUAACCAAAAGUCGAUCCUCAGUAGGCAUCAGAGAAUUCACACAGGUGAGAAACCAUAUGAAUGUAAAGAAUGUGGAAAAACUUUUAGGCAAAAGUCUAACCUCAUCAUGCAUCAGAGAACUCACACAGGUGAGAAACCAUAUGAAUGUAAACAAUGUGGGAAAGCUUUUAACCGAAAGUCAAACCUCAGCAUACAUCAGAGAAUUCACACUGGUGAGAAGCCAUAUGAAUGUAAAGAAUGUGGAAAAGCUUUUAACCAAAAGUCGACCCUCAGCAUGCAUCAGAGAGUUCACACAGGUGAGAAACCAUAUGAAUGUAAAGAAUGUGGGAAAGCUUUUAACCGAAAGUCAAACCUCAGCAUGCAUCAGAGAAUUCACACAGGAGACAAACCAUAGGAAUGUAAGCAGUGUGGAAAAACUUUUAAGCAACAGGCAUCAGAAUUCACACACAUGCCGCAGAGAAUUCAUACAGCUGAGAAACCCUAUGAAUGUACUGAAUGUGGAAAACUUAAAAAGUCACACGUUAGAAGACAUCAGGAUAUGCACACAGGAAAAAAAUAAUUAUGAAUGGAACAAAUAUGAUGUCUUUUAUUGGAACUCCCCUUAAUUGACAUAAAAGAAUGUCGGGCCUUAAAAACUAAUGCCACCUUAAGUGACAUUACAAGUGGAUUAGUGUGGCAGCCUAAGACGGCG